AAUGUAGUGCUAGUGCUAAAAUGUAUAAAAGUAUUAUUGUGUAAUUGAUAAGAAAUUAUUAGUUUUUUAUACAAUCUAUCAUUUUAUUUUUAUAUGAAUGUAAAGUUGUUAAAAAAUUCCAAUAUGUAGAUAAUAGGUAACGAAAUAUAUUUGACAUUAAUAAUUAUUUUUACCAAUAUUUAUCAGAUUGAUGGUAAUAUGAUUGAUUUUUGUUCAGUAAGUUUACUUUACGUUUCUUUUUUGUUAGUUGUAUCCCUCCAAAAUGGUCUUGGUGUUAUAUGAUUAUCUUUUAGACUGUUUAUACCAGCAGCUAAUAAAAAAGUGUUAUUAUUAAACUAAUAAUAAUUUAUCUUUACCUGAUAUUAUUAAUAUUUUUACCCGUUUUCCACGAUGGAAAACUCUGAGGCUGUAAUUCACCCAUAGCAGAUAUAACUGCUAUAGAUAGUUUAGGCUCAGGAUGUUGAAAUAUUGCUCUACAUACAGAUUUCUUAAAUGCAGGAGGCAAGUUUAGAGAAUCUAUGAUUAUGAAAAUAUAUAUAAUAUUUUUAAAUAUUUGCUAUGAUACAAAUAGUUAAUACUUAAAUAAACAAACAUACUUGCAAUGUCAUCUGUUAGUGGUACUGUUAUCUUUUUAAUAGAUUGUUUAAAACGUUUCUCUUUAAAAGUUUGUAAAAAUUUGCGACAAAUAUCAGAAAUAUUUUUUCCAUCUAAAUUUACUAUAUACAAAAAACAAAAAGUUAUAUUAACUACUAUAUUUACUAACAAAUAUAGAAACUAUACAAUAAACCAACCCAAUGUAUUACUGUUAGCAAUGAGACUUUCUUUAUAUCUGUGUUUUUGAACAACUGGAUUACCAUUCAUAUAUAAUUCUCUGAGUGAAAUUAAUGUACUUAUUGUUUGAGUUAAAUCUUCAAUAUCUUCAAGUAAAUUAUUUUUUGCUUCCAAAAUUUCCAAUUCAUUAAAAUUUGCUAUAUCAUUUAAAGUCGUCAUUUUAUUAUUUGAUAUGUUAAGCUUUUUUAAACAUUUCUGCAAUAUAUUAUCACAUAAUAUGCACAAUAUUAACAUAUAAAUUUCUAUGAAUCAAUUAUAAUAUGCAAAAUUAUUUUGAAACAACUUACAGAUAAUGUUACAACACUGCGCGGCUCAAAGCAUAAUGUUUCACCUAUAGUUAAGGAUUGAUUUUCUACAUGUAGCUCUAUUAAAUUUUCGGCAUUUUCUAAUCCCUCAAUUACACUAAUGCAAUUAUAUCCUACAUAAAAUUUGCGCAAAUUCUGUAGACAAUCUAAAUUUUCUAACUUCCUUAUUUUGUUAUGUUGCAUAUAUAAAUGUGUUAAAUUCGUCGCAAAAUGUAAAUUUUCUAUAUGUGAUAUAUUAUUAUCUUGAAGAUAUAUCACUUUCAAAUUUUUACAUACCGCAAAAUUACCCUAUAAUAAGAUUAUAUGUUUAAUAUGAAAAUUGAACAGUCGCAUAAUUUUUGUAAAAAUUAAUUUACAAUUUCAUUGAUAAACAUUCCAUUCAUGUACAAGUGCGUUAAUUUCCAUAAUUCUUGCUUUUUAUUUGAUUUACUAAGAGAUUUUGAUCGAACUUGAGCAUACUUUUUUUCGAUAAAUUUUGAUGUUAAUUUCACCAUAAUUAUCAAUUUCUGUUUCUUAAAUUAUUUAAAAGAUCGAAAACUAUUCAAAAAGGUAUUACCUUUGAAAUAUAAAGUUAAGUUUCAUCGAUUAAACAAGCGUUACGUAGAUCGCCAAAAAUCAUAUAGUACAACGGACCAAUCACAAGUUUUAUAAAGUUCAUAAUCAUGAUCAAAAGCAUGUUUUAUUAAUAAAUUAAUAGUAUUCUAUAUUUCCAAAAUCUUAUUUCAUUAACAUUAUAAACACAAAUUUAUAUUAUUAUUAUAUUUAUAUGAUAAUCAGUAUUACUGUCAUAUUACUACAUAAUAGUGUGUAUAUGUAUAUAUAUAUAUUGUAUAAGGUUACUAAAAUAGUGCGUAUAUAUAUAUAUUAUUUAUUGUAUAAGGUUAGAAGAGGAAAAGGAAGGACGUCAUUUGCUUCGAAAGCAUCAGUGAAGUAUCAUGUGUGUUGUUCUACUCUUACAAUGUUUUGAAAUAUAUUCUUUGUGUUAUUGAUAUAAUAUAAAAAUUUAUGUAUAUAUAAAAUUGACAAUAAAAAAAUAUAAUUAGUUAAUUUACAACGAAAAAUGGAGAGAUUAUUUGGAACUAAAUGUAACUCGUAUCAGUACAAAUCUGUUUUUAAUAAUAUUAAUACAAGAAAUAUGGAUGUAGAUUUGUUAAGACCAGGAACGGUUCCUAUUUCACCAGAUACAAUUCUUUGGUUUGAAUUUUUAUUAAAUCCGUCUUUACUACAGAAACAUUUAUCAAAGCCCAAUCCAGACCCAUCAUCUACUGAUUUGAUAAUUAAAUUUAUAACAAUUAAUUCUGAUCAAAAGGAGAGUGAUACAAAAUCGACAGAUGUAGAAGUAAAUGAAACAAAAUCUAGCAUGACAAAAUGGUCACAUAAAAAUCUUGCAUUAAAGAUUCUUUCUUUGAAAGUAGCUGCGCAUUUAAAAUGGAAUUUAGAUAUAUUGGAAAAGAAAUUACCUUUACCAAUACAAGUAACUUUAUUGCAAGAUUUGUUCUAUAUAACAACAGAUGCUAUUGUUGAAAUACCUGCAAUUCCUGAUAUUUCUAUACAUAAUGUUUCUGAUCAAGCACUGUUCACAAUUGUCUUAUAUCACAGGUGGCAUAUAAGAGCAAUAAUUUAUAGAGCUCUGCAUAAUAAGCAAUCUAAACAGCAGUUUCUUCAUAUACCAGGUAUUCAGGAAUCUACUUACGUACCAUCAGGUAUGGUGGAUGAGAUUAUUAGAAAAUUAGAAACACAUAUACCCAAUAGUGUUAAUACUUUAAAUGCAGUCUUACAAUCAACGGAUUUAAAAUUGAAAGCACUCUCUUUUGAUACUUUUCAAAUGCUUACCGAAGAUAGUACAGAAAUUAAACAAAAUUGGGAAAAUAUGUAUUCUAUCAAUAUUGAAGAAGUUAAAUGUCAGAUACAUUAUGAUUUGGCUGUAUUUCAUUUAUUAAGAGAAGAAUAUCAAGAAGCAAAGAACCAUGUUGGUCAAGCAAAAGAAAUAUUUUACAAAUUUGAUACCUCAGAUUCAUUGAUAUAUUGCAAGAUACAAAAGGAAUUCUUAGAUGGAUGUUGUUUAGCUUGUGAAGUACCUAUAGAUGGUAUUAUGUCCACUCUAUCGCAACAGUUACAGUCUUCUAUCAAAGAUCAAUAUGUAAAUAUAUUGCAAAUUUUGCAAACUGAUAAUAUUUCAAGAGAUAUACCAAAAGUCUAUAGGGAUAAUUUAGAAUUAGAUAUUCAAGGAGGAUCUGUAAAUAGAAAACUUGUAGUAGCUCGUGAUUUAUUAUUACAAAUUCAAUGUUUGAAUUUAGUUCGUAAUAUACUCAAUGAAAGUGUUAUUCUUGGAGAUUAUGUUUCUGAAAUACAAUCAGCUGGUACUAAAGGACUUGAUGUGCUUUUCUGGGCUCUUGAUAGUGUUCUGGAAAAAGCAACUCUAGUAGACAAAAAAUACAUCUCUCGUUAUUUACUUUAUCUUGUAAAUACAAGUAAUUUAGAAGGAUUGGCAUCUAAAUUACUUAAUGAUCCUGCUUAUACAGCACUUUUCAAUGAAAGGGAAUUACAUGAAAUAGAAAAAAAGGCAUCUAUUGAAGAAAUGGAAUUACCAAAUUUAUUAUUAAAUAAUGACUGGGGCAUUACACCUAUGAGAUCUGCAUAUAAUACAGGGAUAGAAGUUUUUGAAUUAGAACAAAAACUCAUACAAUCUUAUGAUAGUCAAGAAAUUCAUGAAACUUUACUACUUUUGGAUAGCAAACUUCGUAUGAAGCCAUUAUGGCAUAUAAACAAUUAUUGGGAAUUACCUAUACCAUUACAAAGUGUUGUUAUGUCUCUUCCUCGAGGAUUUCUUCAAGACUAUUCAUAUGUUCUUUUGGCUAAAAGCAGAGAAUUAGUAAUAUCUAAAGACUUUGAAGGAGCUAUUGAAUUGUUACUUGUUUUAGAGAAGGAAGUACAACAACAUUCACAAAGUGGAAAUACAUUAAUUUAUAAAUUAUCUAAGUUAAUAAAUUGGGAGUCAUUACUUGUUGAUAUAUGGAGAUGUCUCCAUGCCUGGCCAGCAACAAACAUAUGUAAUAUAUCAAAUUUAGUUGCAAGAAGUAAACAAUGUCUUGGUGCAUUGCAAGCAACUGAUCAAGUUAUUCCAAGACAAGAAAUAAUUGAAUAUUGUACUGUUUUUCUAUUAAAUAUGGCCGAAUGGGAUUAUCUUACAAGUUUAGAAAAACGAUGGAGUUAUACAGAAUUUGCAGCUGCUAUUAGUAGUGUUUGUCAAGAUAUUGUUAAAUAUAAAGGGACACGGAAAUUUCCUAGAGAAGCAUGGGAUAUGAUUUUGACAGCUUUUGGAGCACCUAGAGACCAGCCACAAAAACGAAGCAGUAGUGGUAAUAGUGGUACUACUACUGGAAGUGCAUCAAGAGAUGCCAGUGCUAGUAUAAUAGGAACCUUAAAUAGACUACGUGAACCAAUGGUUCUUACUGUUGUUAUUUCUCUCCUAGCACGUUUACGUAAUGUAUUACGCGAUGAAUCUAGUUUAGAAUUGCAUACACAAUAUCUUACUCUCUGGCCAGCAGGAGUAUUAAAUACUAACUUUUAUAAUAUUAGAUAUAUUGGAGAGUUAUUAUUUCAAUUAUUAAUGCAAGCCUUAAAAUAUCACCCCACUAAUAUUCCUUGGCUAAGAUUAACAGGUGAUCUUAACUUUGUUUUAGGUUAUUAUGAAAGUGCAAUGAAAUAUUACCUAGAAGCAAUAAUGGUUGCUAGCGAUUUUUUCAGUCAACCUAUACCACGUGCACAAAUAGAUGAUCUUGUUUACAGAAGAAUGAUUAAAUGUUGUGCUCAUUUGCAAUGUUAUACGCAAGCAGCUAUAUUAUGUCAAUUUUUGGAAGAAGUAGAUUAUUCUCUGGCAUUUAAAAUGGCAGGAAGCGAUCAAAAAAGUUGUACAACAGCAGAUGCAAUGGAUGCAUAUUAUCAUUGCAUUUGGGAUACAACAAUAUUGGAAUAUCUUAUUCAUUUACAUACUAAACGUGGUGAACAUCAUAGAAAGCAACUUGCUAUUAAGAUCAUAGGUCUGUUAGAGUUGAAUUCUAAUAAUAAUGAAGAAAUCCAGAGAGAAGCAGCAAAUAUAAGAAAAGCAAAAUUUUUAAGAGCAUUAACAAAACAAUAUGUGUAUUAAAAGAAUUGUAUAUAAGUUGUAUAUUAUUCUUACAAUAGGAAAAUAAAAUUUAUAGUUUUAUAAUA